GAAGAAGAAAGAAUGAAAAAAGGAGUAAUCUUGUCCGAUACUCAACUCGUACGGAGUAAUGCGAGAGCAGCGAACCAUCAAAUCAAACACCUCCCGGUCACCGUUCCGUACCCCAAGUGAUCGGUGACCCUUGCUUGCUAAUAUAGCUGUCCUUUUUUUUUUUUUUGUUUUUAAUCUUUUAAAAGGGUUUUGGCACGUUGUCAGAGAAAAGUACUAAUUCCCAGCAUCUGUGAUACAUUCCGGAAGACAUGGAUGGGGGGAAAGAUUGCGAAGCUGUUGCAAGGAGAAGACACUUGGAAGAGUUAUUAAACUCCGAACCAGAUGAUUCAUCCCUCCAUUUUAAACUCGGAAUAUUACUGUGGGAAGAGGGAGAAGAGUCAAAAGCAGCAGAGCAUUUUGUAACUUGCGCAAAGCUCAACCCCCAGGAAGCUGCUGCUUUCAGGUAUUUGGGUGAUUAUUACUCGCGAUUGGACUACGACCAGAGCCAGAACCAGAGGGCUCUCAAGUGCUACCAACGAGCCCUCCUCCUCGAUCCUGAUGAUUCCCUUUCCGGGGAAGCUAUCUGUGAUUUGUUGGACCAACAAGGUAAAAUCUCCUUGCAGUUUGCCAUCUGCACUCAAGCUUCCAAUAAGUCCCCGAGAGCCUUUUGGGCUUUUCGAAGAUUGGGAUUUCUUCAGGUCCAUCAAAAGAGAUGGUCUGAAGCUGUGCAGAAACUUCAGCAUGCCAUCCGUGGCUAUCCCACCUGUGCCGAUCUCUGGGAGGCCUUGGGUCUAGCCUACCAGAGACUGGGCAUGUUCACUGCUGCAAUCAAGUCAUAUGGAAGAGCUAUUGAGUUAGAGGAGUCAAGAAUCUUUGCCUUGAUUGAAAGCGGAAACAUUUCCUUGAUGCUAGGUUCUUUUAGAAAGGGAGUUGAGCAUUUUAGGCAAGCUUUGUUGAUUUCACCUGAAAAUUUAGCUGCACAUUAUGGGCUAGCUUCUUCUCUACUUGGUUUGGCUAAGGAAUGCAUAAAUUCAGGUGCAUUUAGAUGGGGAGCUUCACUAUUGGAGGAGGCUUCUGAAGUAAUUGUAUCGAUUAUGACAUUAGCUGGUAACAUAUCAUGUAUCUGGAAGCUGCAUGGUGACAUUAAGCUAUUCUAUGCCAAAUGUUUUCCCUGGGUGGAUGAUGGGUGGGGCUUAAAAGCUGACCAAAAAAGUUUCAGCGACUCAAUCAUUUCCUGGAAAAGAAUUUGCCAUCUAGCUGCUGUAUCUUCAUCUCGUUCUUAUCAGCGGGCUCUGCACUUGGCACCUUGGCAAUCUAAUUUGUACACAGACAUUGCCAUAGCAUCAGAUAUUACUUUCUUUUCAAAAGAGAAUCACGAAGAGGACCUGAACUCUUGGUCACAAGCUGAGAAGAUGUGCUUAGGGGGCUUAUUACUUGAGGGAGAAAAUAAUGAGUUCUGGGUGACAUUAGGAUGUUUAUCAGAUCAUAAUGCCUUGAGACAACAUGCUUUUAUUCGUGGGCUGCAGUUGGAUGUUUCACUGGCUGUUGCUUGGGCGUACCUUGGGAAGCUCUACAGGCUAGAGGGUGAAAGGAAACUGGCACAGCAAGCAUUUGAUCGUGCUAGAAGCAUAGAUCCCUCACUUGCAUUACCUUGGGCUGGAAUGUCAGCUGAUGCUGAUAUUAGGAAUCUCAAACCGGAUGAAGCAUAUGACUGCUGUCUACAAGCCGUGCAGAUCUUGCCUCUUGCAGAGUUUCAGAUUGGUCUUGCAAAGCUUGGUUUGUAUUCUGGUCAAAUGCCAUCUUCAGAGGUAUUUAGAGCCAUCAGGCAGGCUUUGCAGCGUGCACCCCAUUAUCCUGAAUCUCACAAUUUGAAUGGGCUAAUAUGUGAAGCACGAUCUCUUUAUCAAAGUGCUAGUGCAUCUUUUAGGCUAGCACGCCAUGCAGUGAGCUCUUUUUCUGGCGAAGUAUCAAAAUUGUAUCAUAAAGAUAUUUCAAUGAACCUUGUGAGGUCUCUUUGUAAGGCAGGGAGUCCCAAUGAAGCUGUUGAAGAGUGUGAGUUACUGAAGAAAGAAGGACUGCUUGAUCUGGAGGGCUUGCAGAUUUAUGCUUUAUGUCUGUGGCAACUUGGCAAGAAUGAUCUGGCUUUAUUGACAGCUAGGACACUUGCUGCAAAUAUUUUAUCAAUGGAUAGUAGAAAGGCUGCUGCUACUAUAAGUUUCAUCAGCAGAUUGAUGUAUUAUAUUUCUGGACAAGAUUCAGUGAUUAGCAGCAUCUUGAAGAUGCCCAAGGACUUGUUUCAGAGUUCAAAAGUUAGUUUCAUAGUAUCUGCUAUUGACGCACUAGAUUGUAGUGAUCAGCUUGGGCCAAUUGUUUCUCACAGUCAUACAUCUCUUAUGUCAAGUGAAGAGAUUACAUCAAUGCACUCCCUAAUAGCGCUUGGUAAACUAGUGAAAUAUGUGUCGGAUGACCGCCUUGGAAUUCAGAAUGGAGUUGAUCACCUGAGAAAAGCUCUUCACAUGUAUCCACACAGUGGUUUGAUAAGGAAUCUCCUUAGUUAUCUAUUACUAUUCAGCAAGGAAUGGAAAGAUGUUCAUCUUGCAACUAGAUGUUUUAUCGUUGACUCUUAUGACCAUCAAAAGGAAAAGGUUUUAAAAUCCAGCUUCGAGAUUCUUGGUGCCGGUGCUGUUGCUUGUUAUACUAAGGGAAGGUGCAAUGAUGAAUUCUCAUUCUCCACCAGUAAAGAGCAAUGCCUUUUUGGAACUGGAAUAAUCCAGCAGCUACAGAAGGAUUUGCAUCGAGAACCUUGGAAUGAUAGAGCAAGGUACUUGCUUAUACUUACUUAUGUGCAGAAGGCACGUAAGGAGGGAUAUCCUCAACAUCUUUGCACUAUAAUUGAACGGCUAAUAUGUGUGGCUCUUUCUGAUGAAUUCUGUUCAAGGCAAGAAAGCUCUUAUGAAUAUCAAAGGUUUCAGCUUCUGCUUUGUGCUGCAGAAGUUUGCUUGCAGUUUGGCAAUCAUAUUGGCUGUGUGAGACACGCUAAGAGUGCUUCAGAGCUUUUGCUUCCUGAUGACUCUCUCUUUUAUGCACACAUUUUACUUUGUCGUGCCUAUGCUGCACAAGAUAAUUUUGUUGACAUGCGCAAAGAGUAUACAAGAUGUUUAGAACUCAAAACUGAUUACCCAAUUGGGUGGGUUUGUCUUAAGAUAAUUGACUGUCAGUAUAAGCUACAGACUGAUGGCACCUUUUUAGCAGUAGGCUUCGAGGAGUGCUCCAGAGAUGUCAAGAAAUCCUGGAAUAUGUGGAUGGCUGUUGGUGAUUUGGUCCAUGGUCUUGUUGCUAUUCAAACAAAAGAUCUCCUAGCUGCAGAAAAGUUCCUAGCACAAGCCUGUUCAUUAGCCGGUGAUGAGAGCUGCCUCUUUCUCUGUCAUGGUACCAUCUGCAUGCAGCUAGCCAAACAGCAGUGUGAUGCUCGAUUCUUGUCUCUGGCUGUUAGAAGUCUUCAGAAAGCCAGAGAAACUUCUGUUAUGUUACCUAUUGUCUCACUACUGUUGGCACAAGCAGAAGCAAGCCUUGGCUCUAAAAUGAAGUGGGAGAAAAACCUUCGAGAUGAAUGGUUUUCUUGGCCACCAGGGAUGAGGCCUGCAGAACUCUAUUUUCAAAUGCAUUUGCUAGCUAAGCAGGAAAGAGAGAGUUCAAGAACUUCUUCUCUUAUAGAGUCUUCUCAGAGUGCUCUAAGAUGGGUUCUUCAAGCAAUCCAUUUGAACCCUUCUUGUUUGAGAUAUUGGAAGGUUUUGCAGACCUUUACAGGGUAAUAGGAACAUUCCGGUACACAAGAAGAGGCAGAGGCUUUUUGCCUUUCUGAUGUUCCAGGUUGCUAUGUGAUGGAUCUUUAGUUGGGAGGAUUGGGUGGAGGUGGGAGUUGUAACACGAUGCAAUCUGUACAGCAUGCUGUAACUUGAAUUUACGAAAAGCUUUUUGGGUUGUCAUCAGAAGGGAAGAGGCAAUUGGCUGUACUUCAUACAUGCGGUAUAGGUUCUGAGUGUCUAUAAAUUAUAUAUAUUUUGCUGCUGACAACAUUAUCUA